AUGCAGAGUGUCUCAUCUGGAGCCUACUUGAAAACCUCAGCAAACGACGGUGGCGAGGUCAAGUUAAGGCUGAGUCAGCCUGCUAUUUUAUACGUUCAAAUGAACAAAAAUAGCCAGUUACAACAACCGCAGCCACUGAUUGAAUACGUUAGACACGACUUGACACUAGAAUUGGGCACAUCGCAAUUACUGAUGACCAGCUUUCCUUUGAUUGUGUCGGACAUACUAGACACAGAACGAUCGCAGAUAGCUUCACCCAAAGUAUGGCUGAUGGACCAUCAAGAGCCCUUGGGAAUGGAGACUUUAUACUUCAAGGGAGAGAGCUUUUAUGCUCCACCACACAUCAUCACGAUUUUGUUGGGCGAAUACGAUGAUCGACGCUAUCCAGCAGCAGGUCCAAUGUACAUUAGAAGGCUAUUUACGUUUCUAUCCAACAUCAGAUAUCGAUUCCCACAUGCAUUUAUUAUCGUGCUCUCUGAACCCUUGGGCGUUUUGUUUCAGGAAUCACAAAAGGCAGCGUUGCAGAUGAGCGUUGCAGAUGAGAAUAUCGCCUUUGUUGAUACCACUGUAUGGAUACGAUACGGACCCACUCACUAUACAAACCCUUUGCAUUUGAACGAUAAAGGUCAAGAAUUAUUCGCUCACAAGCUGGCCCCUCUAUUGAAAGCCAAACUAAACGGCUUACCAUUCCCUGUACAACCAAAUCCCAACUUGCCUUACGAUUGGUAA